AUGGGUUAUUUUGAUUUUAUAAAUCAACCACUAAAUGAAUUCGGAGAAGAUUUAACAAGUAAAUUUAUUGAUCCAUCUAAGGAUUUAAGGCAACAAUUUUGACAAACUUAGAACCAGAACAAAGAUUCAAUGUUUUAGUUGGACUUUCUGUUAUUAAUUUGGCUAUCGGUGCAGCAGUCAAAGGAAUUAAAUCAAGACCUUUAUAAACUGGAUUUAUCAGUUUCUUUGGAUUUGGUUUAAUCAUUUAUCCAGAGCUCUACUUUGGAUUAAUUAAAUAAAAAAAGGUGUAGCAUAAAAUAACACAUCAUUUUAUUAAGAGAGAUUGAAUUAUUAUAAAAUACAAAAAUAUAAA